CGUCACCUCUGCUCGACACAUCUUUGUCAGUGAACAAAAUGGCGACCUACUGUCUUACCGUUGCUCGGCUCCAGCUUGCCCUGGGCCAGGGUGUGCGGCGUCUCCAUGUGUCUGCAGCCUUCAAUGCCAAGGCCAAAGUUUCAAUGAGCCGCUUUGAGCCCAGCAACUACGUCAGCUAUGAGAAGCUCAAUGAGAACGUCAACAUUGUGCGCAAAAGACUCAACCGUCCCCUCACUCUCUCUGAGAAGAUCGUCUACGGCCAUCUGGAUGACCCUGUGGGACAGGACAUCGCCAGGGGGCAUACGUACCUACGUCUGCGGCCAGACCGCGUGGCCAUGCAGGAUGCCACGGCCCAGAUGGCCAUGCUGCAGUUCAUUAGCAGUGGCCUGCCUUGUGUGGCUGUGCCCUCCACUAUCCACUGUGAUCAUCUGAUCGAGGCCCAGAUCGGCGGAGCCAAGGACCUAGCGAGAGCAAAGGACAUUAAUGCAGAGGUGUAUAACUUCCUGGCCAGUGCUGGAGCCAAAUAUGGAGUUGGAUUCUGGAAACCAGGCUCUGGCAUCAUCCAUCAGAUAAUCCUGGAGAACUAUGCCUACCCAGGGGUGUUGCUGAUUGGCACAGACUCUCACACACCCAAUGGUGGUGGACUGGGCUCCAUCUGCAUUGGAGUGGGAGGGGCUGAUGCUGUUGAUGUCAUGGCUGGCAUCCCCUGGGAGCUCAAAUGUCCAAAGGUGAUUGGGGUGAAACUGACAGGCAAGCUGUCAGGGUGGACGUCCCCCAAGGACGUGAUCCUGAAGGUGGCUGGGAUUCUGACCGUGAAGGGGGGUACUGGAGCCAUUGUGGAGUACCACGGACCUGGGGUGGAUUCCAUCUCCUGCACAGGAAUGGCCACAAUCUGCAACAUGGGGGCUGAGAUUGGAGCCACCACCUCUGUGUUCCCCUACAACCACCGCAUGAAGACCUACCUGGAGAAGACUGGCCGCGGAGACAUUGCUGCCCUGGCUGACGAUUAUGCUGACCUGCUGGUUCCAGACCCGGGCUGUGAAUAUGACUCGAUUGUUGAGAUCAACCUGGAUGAGCUGAAGCCCCACAUCAACGGGCCCUUCACCCCCGACCUGGCUCACCCCAUGGCAGACAUUGGGGCCACGGCAGCGAAGAAUGGGUGGCCCCUGGAGGUCAAAGUAGGUCUGAUUGGCAGCUGCACCAACUCCAGUUAUGAGGACAUGGGCCGCUCUGCAUCCGUGGCCAAACAGGCCUUGGACAAAGGGCUGAAGUGCAAGGCCGCAUUUACCAUCACCCCCGGGUCUGAACAGAUCCGCGCCACCAUCGAGCGAGACGGAUAUUCCAAGAUCCUCGGUGAUGUUGGUGGAAUGGUCCUGGCCAACGCCUGCGGACCCUGCAUUGGACAGUGGGACAGGCGUGACGUGAAGAAAGGAGAGAAAAACACCAUCGUCACGUCUUACAACAGGAACUUCACCGCUAGGAAUGAUGCCAACCCAGCCACACACGCCUUCGUCGCCUCCCCUGAGAUUGUCACAGCCCUGGCAAUAGCAGGAACCCUGGAUUUCAACCCCGAGGUUGACUACCUCACUGCCGCCAACGGAGAGAAGUUCAAGCUGGAGCCUCCCAGCGCAGACGAGCUGCCCAAGUUGGACUUUGACCCUGGUCAGGACACCUACCAGCACCCCCCUGCAGAGGGUGGAUCCAAGCUGAGGGUGGACGUCAGCCCCACUAGCACCCGGCUGCAGCUGCUGGAGCCCUUUGACAAGUGGGCGGGCGGAGAUCUGGAGGACCUACAAGUCCUCAUCAAGGUGAAGGGGAAGUGCACCACAGACCACAUCAGUGCUGCCGGCCCCUGGCUAAAGUUCCGUGGUCACCUUGACAACAUCUCUAACAACAUGCUGAUCGGAGCAGUCAACAUAGAGAACGACGGCAUCAACAAGAUCAAGAACCAGCUGACGGGAGAGUAUGGCGGUGUUCCUGACGUCGCUCGCCAUUACAAGGCCAACGGUCUGUCGUGGGUGGUUGUGGGAGAUGACAACUACGGUGAGGGAUCCAGCAGAGAGCAUGCCGCCCUGGAGCCCAGACACCUGGGAGGAAGAUGCAUUAUCGUCAAAAGCUUCGCCAGGAUCCACGAGACUAAUCUUAAGAAACAGGGUAUGCUGCCCCUGACCUUCCAGAUCCCUGCUGACUACGACAAGAUCCGACCAGACGACAAGAUCUCCAUCAAAGGACUCGCAAACUUCACCCCAGGAAAACCCCUGUCUGCAGUAGUGAAGCACAGUGACGGCAGCAAAGAUGACUUCCAGCUGAACCACACCUUCAACGAGACACAGAUUGAGUGGUUCCAGGCCGGCUCCGCCCUCAACAGGAUGAAGGAACUCCAGUAACUGGAGAGGGAGAUCUACGGAUACAGGGGGAGGCAUGGAGAAGAUGGGGGACACUGGUUAGACAGAGAUGGGGGCAGGUUUUCAGUGUUUAAAGACAUGGGAUGUGUUUCAAUCUUGAACGGCUUCCUUUCCUCCUCUCCUUAUGUUCGUUACCCUGAUCUGAAGGUAAAUUUUAAUGACUAUCUGCUCCAUUUAACCAAUCAGUGAUAAGUAGGGAAAGGAGGAGAGAACUAUUUAAAGAGUAUUGAGACAUGGCCAUGGUAAAGAAUAAAAGCCACACACCCUCAGAUUAUAUGAAGCUUCCGGUCCAGUCCGGUCCAGUCCAAUCAUCAACCACUGCAUGUGUCAUCCGCUGCCCACACCGUAGAGUGCAACAACUUCUCAUAUGUAAGAGACAUUUCUGUAAAGUUAUUAACCACAUUGAAAUAUUGACUCCAACAGCAUUAAAAUUGUGACCAAGGGCAGCAACUUUCUGAGUCUGUUGUGGUGUGUUCUGCUUUGUAAUAAUCUCCAUUGUAUACCAUCACCACUCCCCUGCUGUCUACAGUAUUGAACGUGUCUGGAUCAUGUAUAUUUAAAUAUUUUUGGUUUUCCUGUUUUUUUUUUUUUCUCUGAUGUUGAAUAAGUUAGUGUUAUUAAGUCACGAUGGGUUGUAAAAUAAACUGACAUUUCAAUGAAUAUAGA